AUGUCUGUAGCAGCAAAGGGUAUUUUCAUUGUGGGUGCUAAGAGGACACCAUUUGGUACAUUUGGUGGGGUCUUUCGUAAUACGACUGCCACAGAACUGCAGACUCUUGCGAUAACUGCUUCUUUAAAGGAGGCUGGUGUUGCCCCAGAUCAGGUUGACUCUGUGGUUGUAGGACAAGUUAUGUCGGCAACCCAAGCCGAUGGCAUCUAUACUCCAAGACAUGCAGCCUUGAAAGCAGGCAUCCCACAGGAUCGUCCAGCUUUGGGAAUUAACAGGCUCUGUGGUUCUGGCUUUCAAUCAAUUGUUAACAGUGCUCAGGAUAUCCUAACUGGAUCAGCCAAUAUAUCCCUGGCUUGUGGAGUCGAAAAUAUGUCUCAAGCACCCUUCUCCGUUCGUGGAGUUCGUUUCGGGACAGUCUUGGGUUCAAGCAUUGCCUUCGAAGACUCAUUGUGGACUGGACUCACAGACUCUUACUGUGGUAUGCCGAUGGGCAUGACUGCUGAGAAGUUGGGUGCCCAAUACGGAAUCACCAGGGAUGAAGUAGACAACUUCGCGUUGAAAUCUCAACAAAGGUGGAAAGCGGGGAACGACGCGGGUGUAUUCAAGGCUGAAAUUGAACCUGUCAUCCUCACAAUAAAGAAGAAGGAAGUCAAAGUAGAAGUAGAUGAACACCCCCGGCCACAGACCACACUGGAAACUCUUAAGAAAUUACCCCCUGUUUUCAAAAAAGAAGGGUUGGUGACUGCCGGUUCAGCAUCCGGUAUCAGCGAUGGAGCUGGUGCUCUGGUUCUGGCUAGCGAACAAGCUGCUAAAAACCUCAAACCACUAGCCCGAUUGGUAGGCUGGUCAUACGUCGGUGUCGACCCUAGCAUCAUGGGCGUUGGACCCGUCCCCGCUAUCGAAAACCUUCUUAAGGUCACCAAACUUACAUUGAAUGACGUCGAUCUUAUUGAGAUCAACGAAGCGUUUGUUGCUCAAACGCUGUCAUGCGCAAAGGCUCUUAAGUUGGAUAUGGAGAAGUUAAACGUGAACGGUGGUGCUACAGCACUUGGACACCCCCUUGGUGCGUCUGGCUCCAGGAUCACUGCCCAUCUAGUGCACGAGCUCAGACGGCGCGGAUUAAAACGAGGAAUCGGAUCAGCUUGCAUUGGUGGAGGUCAGGGUAUUGCUGUUAUGGUUGAAGCUCUCUAG